AAAAUCAUAAUAUGGCUUUGCUUUCUCAAUCAUUCAAUGAUCGAUUUAUAAAACAAUUUCUUCAUUCUGAAGAAGAUUUACUUAACAAUUUAACUAUUCAUUGCUAUAAUGCAGAUAUUCAUGAAAAACGGAAAGAUCGACAACUUA